CGCCGCUCGCAGCCCGGGAGCACCGGCGAGCGGCAGAAGCCGGCCGGGUGGCGGCCAUGGACCGCUUCGUGUGGACCAGCGGCCUCCUGGAGAUCAACGAGACCCUGGUGAUCCAGCAGCGCGGGGUGCGAGUCUACGACGGCGAGGAGAAGAUAAAAUUUGAUGCUGGGACUCUUCUUCUUAGUACACACCGGCUGAUUUGGAGAGACCAGAAGAAUAAUGAGUGCUGCAUGGCCAUUCCCCUGUCUCAGAUUGUGUUCAUCGAGGAGCAGGCAGCUGGAAUCGGGAAGAGCGCCAAAAUCGUGGUUCACCUGCACCCAGCUCCUUCUAACAAAGAGCCCGGUCCAUUCCAGAGCAGUAAGAACUCCUACAUCAGACUCUCCUUCAAAGAACAUGGCCAGAUUGAGUUCUACAGGCGUUUAUCAGAAGAAAUGACACAGAGAAGAUGGGAGACUGUGCCAGUUUCCCAGUCACUACAAACAAGCAAAGGACCCCAGCCAGGAAGAGUCAGAGCUGUUGGAAUUGUGGGUAUUGAAAGGAAACUUGAAGAAAAAAGAAAAGAAACCGACAAAAACAUUUCUGAGGCCUUCGAAGACCUGAGCAAGCUGAUGAUCAAGGCUAAGGAAAUGGUGGAGUUAUCCAAAUCAAUCGCUAAUAAGAUUAAAGAGAAGCAAGGCGAUGUCACGGAGGAUGAGACCAUCAGGUUUAAGUCGUACUUGCUGAGUAUGGGAAUAGCCAACCCAGUUACCAGAGAAACCUAUGGCUCAGGCACACAGUACCACAUGCAACUGGCCAAACAGCUGGCUGGAAUAUUGCAGGCACCUUUGGAGGAGCGUGGGGGAAUAAUGUCCCUCACGGAGGUGUACUGCCUAGUGAACCGGGCCCGAGGAAUGGAGUUGCUCUCGCCAGAAGAUUUAGUAAAUGCGUGCAAGAUGCUGGAAGCGCUGAAAUUGCCUAUCAGGCUCCGGGUUUUUGACAGUGGCGUCAUGGUAAUUGAGCUUCAAACUCACAAGGAAGAGGAAAUGGUGGCCUCGGCCCUGGAGACGGUUUCAGAAAGAGGAUCCUUAACAUCCGAAGAGUUUGCCAAGCUUGUGGGGAUGUCUGUCCUUCUGGCUAAAGAAAGGCUGCUCCUUGCAGAGAAGAUGGGCCACCUUUGCCGAGACGACUCUGUGGAAGGCUUGCGGUUUUAUCCAAAUUUAUUUAUGACACAGAACUAAGAAUUUUGUACCUGAAAUACUUUUUGUCAAUACGCUUGCAUUUUGCCAAGGUCUCAUGACACUGAGCUAAGAGAUAAACCCAAAUAAACCAAGACUGUGUUAGAACUUCUCAGUAUAAUAUAAAAGUCUUCAUCUCUCCCAAAAUACGGUCUCAGAAACUCACUUAGGGUAUAUAUAGGAAAAUACAGAAAAAUGGAUAUGAAUAUGCAUUUAAAGUCAUGCUGUACUGUGUAGAACUCCUGGGAUAUAACUUGAAACAUGGUAGAUAUUAAUUUGAUCCCGAGUUCAGGUCCUUGGAGGAAGAAGAUAUGAAGUUGCAUGUUUGGAUAGAUCAGGUAAUCAUUUUGCUGUGACUAAACCUCACCGAAUUGUAAAUGUUUUCCUCAGCAUCUAAUGUGCCCAUCCUGGGGGCACACAUGAAGGAAGCACCAGCUACACUGUAGUUUAAGAACCAACAGCACUGAAAUUAAAAAAAAAAAAAAAAUCAAACUACAGAAAGCCGUACCAGGCUCUUCCUUGGGGGUGUUGGAAGCAGACUUAGACAAGCCUCUACCAGAUCAAAUAAAAUACCCUUGGCAAAGGAGAGGGCUAGUCCUAGCUUACCUGGAGAGCACUCGCUUGCGAUGCAGAGGCCUUGGGCUUCGGACCUACCACCCACAUACCAGGGAAGGAGGGAGUAAGGACCUGUUACGCAUUUACUCCUCAGGUUCUUUUUAGUUUCUAAGUGAUCAUUUCAUGACUGGCAUUUUUUAAAGCCUGCAGCAGUAUCAUUUUGUUUAAGAAAUGUGGAUUUUGAAACGGAAUUAAAGAGCUGUAUAGACACGCCCCGAGUUGUAAUCAUAGGUCGGGGAGUCAGAAAGGUCUGGUUCUGGAAGGGCAUGAAGGGCAUAGGACCUUAGGAACUCUUCUGCAUGGAAGCUAAGGGUGUGAAAUAGGAAACGGAAGGGCUAGCAGAUCUCCUUUCUCGUCUCACAAGAAGUCUCAAUCUCAACCAGAAGCAUAUUCCUAUCAUAGGCCAGCCAUGUUCCUUCUACACGCUACAUGUUAACCGUUGUAGAGAAAGCACCUGACGAUAAGUAUUGCUGAUAACAGAACCUGACUAGUAUCACCUCCAGGUUGCUGGAGCUUUCAGUAGGUUGCCUGACUUCAUAUAUAUAGCGUGGUGACAUUACCUCAAACUCAGGGAGCCCGUAGGACAGAAGGUGACUGCCUUUCGGAGGCUGAGCUCGGGGUGGAAAGGUGGUGAUAGCGUGGCCUUGGAGCCACAGGGAGGGAUGCGCAGGCACACUGUCUGGGAGGUUGAGGACACUGUCUGGAUAAGGUAGAGGCCACUGCAGAUGCCCUCAGCGGCAAGCCAGGGAGCCCCACCCCAACGCCUUCCUGGAAAGUGACUGCCAGCCCGUUCUGGCUAAGGCUCCCGCCUUUGUGUGGCUUUUCCAGUCUGUCAUUCACUGAUUGUGGUGACAUUAGGUCUUCCCUAAUCACCUCAUUGUUUAUCUCAGGGUUACUUGAGGGUUAAUUCAGUGUUGGCUACCCAGUUUAUUAGUGUGUCUCGGCUCUCUCUGGGAUGCACGUAGUCUAUCACAUGACCCCGCUGCAUGCACACACACACACAUACACACACACACAUGCAUGCAUGCACACACACUCCUCUUGGUAAACUAAGGUUCUUAAAAUCCACAGGUCACUGAUAACCUGUUUUAGCACUCGGAUUGGUUGUAAGGUUGUUGGGUUGUAGGGUCCGCUGCAUCUAGCUCUAAUGGUUUGGCUUCACCACAGCAAACAUACUGCAUCUGUUUAUUCAGUGUGACAGCAGAUUAACCAAAAAGGAGCAGUCUGAUGAAGUGGCAUAAACAUACUUUGAAAAAGUCACAUUGAUUUAAAAGAGAGGAGAAGAAACAUUGUUUGGGUUGGUUGCUGCUGUUGGUUUACCUUCUGGCAUUUCUUCUCUGGCCCAGUGUGCUGUGUCACUGUGGCCCUUUGGUACUGGCUGUGUUGAAAUUCAAACCAAUCAAGCCCCGGGUGCACAGAUGUCCCGCUCUUGGUGCUCAUCACUGUACUUUUUGUUUUCCUGACUUUGCUCUUAGGAGCGUGAGUAUGUCAAUGUCUGAUAAUGAAUAGUUUAGUCACUGUCAAGAAAAUUAAUUUACAUUGUAUAACUGAAGGCUGUUUUCCGGGUUAGAUGAUUUGCAUUGAUGUAUAUAUAGUAAAAUUACUGUAAAAUUUUAAACCGAUUUUCUUAACUUGAUGUUUCUUUUUAAAAUUUCUGUAAGAUACAUGCAAAUGAUAAAUGUUCAGUCACACUAA